UCAGAGGAGGGAGGAGUAGACGCACAAAAAUGCAGCUUUCACAACAGCCUCCUCCUCCGGCUCUCCAGAUAAACAGGAUUUUCCUCUCUUUAACCGACUGAACCGCGGUGAUCCCGGUAUCGGCGGCUCCGAUCUCCGGCUUUUCAUGUCGUUUGUGGAGGAGCAGAUGUUGAGGAGCAUUUUCGACACUAAACAUGGAGCCCUUGUGAUAGGAUGAAAAGUCCAGUGCCUCGGUUCAGGGACGUUGAGAGGCAGGCUGGCAGCCUGCAGCCCACGCAGUGUGUCCCUCCCUGUCAUGACCGGCCGAACACCAUGUGGUUCGUCCGAGAUGCCUGUGGCAUCGUCUGUGGGGUCAUCACAUGGAUGCUUGUUUUCUUUGCGGAGUUUGUGGUGUUGUUUGUUAUGCUGCUUCCAUCCAAGAACCUCACCUAUAGCCUGGUGAAUGGCACCAUCUUCAACAGUCUGGCCUUUCUUGCCUUGGCGUCCCAUUUCAGAGCGAUGUGCACAGACCCGGGGGCUGUACCGAAAGGAAAUGCCACAAAAGAGUACAUAGAGAGCCUACAGUUGAAGCCAGGUCAGGUGGUCUACAAAUGUCCCAAAUGCUGCAGCAUCAAACCUGACAGAGCCCACCACUGCAGUGUCUGCAAGAGGUGCAUUCGAAAGAUGGACCAUCACUGCCCUUGGGUCAACAACUGUGUUGGUGAAAAUAACCAGAAGUACUUUGUGCUCUUUACGAUGUAUAUUGCACUCAUUUCUCUGCAUUCCUUGGUCAUGGUGGUCUUCCAUUUUUUGUAUUGCUUUGAAGAUGACUGGACAAAAUGCAGUUCCUUCUCACCUCCAGCAACAGUCAUCCUCCUCAUCCUCCUGUGCUUUGAGGGCCUCCUCUUCCUCAUCUUCACCUCUGUGAUGUUCGGCACCCAAGUCCAUUCCAUCUGUACAGAUGAGACGGGCAUAGAGCAGUUGAAAAAGGAAGAGAGAAGAUGGGCUAAAAAAACUAAAUGGAUGAACAUGAAGGCGGUAUUUGGACACCCCUUCUCAAUAGCAUGGUUUAGCCCGUUUUCUACACCUGACCAUGGGAAAGCUGACCCCUACCAGUAUGUGGUCUGAGUUCAGGAAGAAUAGUCCCUUCCAUUGUCCAGCUUUAAGGUAGAGACUGGAAUUCACUGGACUCGUUUAACUUCCAAACACCCACCGGCAUCCUUGAGCGUGAUUGUAAUCCUGACUUGAGCAGUGCGUCUUGCAUUACAUAUUACCAGUGAGGCUCAUUCAGCAGUGUUUGCAUCUUGUGGGGAGACAAAUAUGUAAAAAUAAAAGAAGAAGAAGAAGAAGAAGAAGAAAAACAUAUAAUCAUCUGUACAUCUCUAUAUUCAUUUUCUUUCAAGAUUAACGUUGGGAUGGAACUUUUAAUUUGUCAUUUACUAGCUUUCUCUACAUGUCUUCUUUAACCCACAUGUCUAUACACAUUAUUUUGAGGUUGAGAACAAGGGUAUUGAUUUAAUUCUGUGCCAAAACACACUACAGUUCUGUAAAUUCUAGCGAUGUUAUUUAUGUUAUGCCUUGCUCAUGGAGUCUUAACUUUGAAACUUUGUGUAUUUCUUUCUUUCUUUUUUUGUAUUUUUAUGUUUCUAUUUUAACUCAAUGUCAGUCAAAUCCAAGUUGUCCAGUUGGGGACAUGUAAUGUAAUGCUCAGUAUUGUAGUUUGUGAGUAAGAAGUGGAGAGCCUUAUAUUGAGAAGAUAAUGCAUCACAGAUAUAAGCUGUCUUAGAACUUGAACAUAUGGAAACAAAAUAUAUGGGAUCAUAUGUUAAAUCAAAUAAAGUAAGACUGAUAAUAUGAAAUAUUGGCAUAAUUACAGGAAAAUAAAUUAAUUUUGCUCAUUUUAAUUUAAAAAGCCAUUUAACUUAUUUUCUCCAAAUUACUCCUCAGUUGAUGUAAACAUGUAAAUAAAGUAUAUAUUGUUUUUAGCCAUUUACAACA